AUGUACGCAAACACAGUGCCAGGGGCUGAUAUAUCAGUAAAGUAUGGGUAUCCGCCCAAGGCGAUUCCAGCAACAAACGGUCCUUUAUCGUCAAUACCCAUCACCCGCGGCGAGCAGAUCAUCGUGACUUCAGUACCGCCGACAGCAGCUCCGGAGCCCGCUACAAACGCGCCUGUAGCUCCUACACCAACUCCAGGCCCAUCAAUAAAGCAUCUCAACGAGACUAUCUCAGCACCAUCGCCACAUCCAGCGCAGCCACGCCCAGCUUCCCAGCCAAGUGCCGAGUCGAUUCCGCUGCCCGGCCGAGAUGCCGGGUACCUUCAGCUACGCGUCGUGCCGGACGACAAUUCGUGCAUGUUCAGCGCGCUCGGGGUGGUGUUUGAGGGGGGUAUGGAGGCAGCGGGAAAGCUGAGGCAGGUCGCGGCGGAUGAAAUACGGCGCGACGCGGAGACGUGGUCUGAGGUCGUCCUUGGACAACCGAGAGAUAGCUAUAUAAGCAAGAUUUCUAGCAAGGACGCGUGGGGUGGGGCUAUAGGUAAGUAUCGUGUUGACAGAGCUGAUGCAGAACUAUCCAUCUUUGCCAAGCAUUACAAGACGGAGAUCUCGUCCUUCGACGUGGCAAGCGGGCGAUGUGACCGAUUCGGCGAGGGAGAAUACGACUCGAGGUGUUUGUUGGUCUACUCAGGUAUCCAUUACGACGCCAUCACGUUGUCUCCGGUAGAAUCCGCUCCUCCCUCCUUCCACACCACCGUCUUUCCCGUAUCUGACGAUACUAUCGUCUCCACGGCGAUCACGCUAGUAUCGCAGCUCAAGGCGCGACAUUACUAUACCGACACGUCCAAUUUCGACCUGCGGUGCGGAGUGUGCAAGAUCGGCCUCAAGGGGGAGAAGGGAGCGAGGGAGCAUGCGAUGCUGACAGGACAUGUCGAGUUUGGAGAGUAUUGA